AUGGCUAAUUUUUUAAAUCAAGACUGGUCCUUGUUUCCGAAUCUUCGAUUUGUUUGUAGCCGUGCCUUGGUAGGUGCAAUUAUUCUAGAUCCGUCGAUGAAUAAAGCUUUACUUGUCAACUGCAUCGAGAUUUAUGGUCAUCGACGCUCCAUUGAUUCUCAUAGAGAAUCGUUCAAGACCUCUAAUGGACAUCUCACUCCAUCAUCCCUUUCUCCUAAUAACAUUCGAUAUUGGAAUGUUUUUCCUACCACCCUCUCCACCGUUGAUGGGUUGAAGCUGGUGAUUGGUACUAAGAUAUUUAAUGCUCUAGUGACCUCAAGCCUUCUAUUGGAUACAUCCGCUGAACCAGAAAUUGGCCCUAAUACAACAUCAAUUUUACUUGACACAAUAGAAAAGUCAAAAAAUGCCCGUAUAUUUAUCAAGAAAACCGCUUGGGACGCUGCCAUUAAGUUGUCAAAAGCUGAGAGAAUUUGCUCCAUUACUCCAUAUGAUGUCGUAUAUCAGCUACGUCAAUUGCGCACACGUUUCCAUCAUCUUUCCACUUAUCUCAUGUGCCGGGCAUUUAAUGAUGAUGUUGAUGAUAUUAGAAGUCGGCCAUACACUGUUUUUACUCUUGCAGACUGGGACAAUGGUGCUGACGAUACCGAUUACCGAGUUGGAUCCAAAUUAUUACAAGACAUUGCAAUGAGUGUUAUACAGAAUGGACACUCAGCGACAUUAUCUAAGGACAAAUUUUUAAGGUUGAUGGCAAGGCUGAAAUCUGAUAAGGUUAUGCAGAAUUACUUCAAGGCAAUUGCCAAACUAUUCAACUGCGAUUUACUCGAGAUUAUUGACAACAAAGAACUAAAUAAUAUCUUACAAAAUAUUGCGGAAUCAUUGAUUACAUCGAUUGUAAAAGCAAAUAAAUCAGCCAAACAAUCCGUAACUACAUCCUUUACAAAGUUUUAG